AUGCACGCCAGAGACACAUGCUUCACCUUCGGCCCAUCUACCUCCCCGUCGGCACAAAGCUGUUGUUCGGUCUUCCCCAUGCUGGACGUCCGCUCGCGGGGCUUCACCUUCGGCCCUGGCCAGCGGCAUACUCUCAAUCCCAUCUACCUCCCCGUCGGCACAAAGCUGCUGUUCACCCUCAGCAUGGGCGCCUUCGAGAUGCUCCGCUUGGAGGAGCGCCGCCCCCCGCCGCAGGAUAGGUCCUGCGGCAUGGAGUGGUCGCGGGAGGACUUCGCUCACCAGCCCUUCAAUGCCUAUGACAUCUCGUCGUACUCCGUGCACGCUGAGGAACACACCUUCCUCGUCAGCACCAAGACGAUUGACGACGAUGCCACCGAGGCCACCUUCGCCUUUGACACGGUGAAGCUCGCGUGGAAACUGCUCGGCAACUGGGCGCUGCCCUUCGACGGCCGUGGUCACUUCGACCGGCGCCUCGAGGCCUUCGUGGGGCUCUCCAAGGACCCGGGCACCUUCGGCCAGCUCUGCUCCUGCCAAGCGCCCAACUCUGCCUACACCGCCGGUCAUGAAGGGCAGUGCGCUCCCCCUCCGCGGCUGCUCUGCAAGGAGAAGCUCUUCAGCCAGGAUCCGUCCCAUCGGCAUGUGAGCGCCACCCUGGUCUACAUGGGGCGCGAAAGCAAAUUCUGCCUCGUAGAAUGCCUCUCCAUUGAUGAAGACAAUCGGCAGCACGUGAAUGAGGACGACGACUGCCCUGAUCAAGCCCUCGUCAAGGAGGAGGGAGAUGUGGGUCUGCACGGCUGCUGUGUCUAUCUCUACCGUUUGACCACAUUCUCUCUCAGCCUUGACACGAACGGAGACCUCACGACUAGCGGCAGCUGUCGGGUGGAAUUCUACAGAGUGCCUGAUGCAACCACUAAGUCGUUCCUAGCUCACGAUCCUGUGGCAUUUUGGAUGUAG